AUGUCAACUACUGAAGGUUUGAACCUCAAGAAAACCGAUACGCUCGUACAAACAUACGCUGGAGCCUCUGAUGAAUCUCCAGAGUUAACUCGCGUGGUCCUUGUCUGCCUAGACCCUGAGUCUGCAGAUACCACUUUUCAAUGGGCUUUGGACAACUUUAUCACACCCAAGAAGGAUCUCGUCGUCCUUGUUCAUGUACGCCAAAUUGAUAUACCUGUUGCUCCUUAUAUCAACUCUACAGGAUAUAUUGAUGAUGUGAGCCAAGAAAGAAGAGAAGAGAGUCAUCAUUUGUUGAGGGUGUUUGCAGAGGAGUUAAACAGGAGAAAGGUGGCGUGCAAAGCUAUUUCCAUGGUCGGUGAUCCCAAGGCCGAGAUUUUGAGAAAGGCCAAAGAAAUCAAAGCCGAUGUUGUCCUGAUGGGAGCCAGAAAGAUGGGCACGAUAAAGAGAACAUUGCUGGGCAGCGUCAGUGAUUACAUUGUACACAACUGUCCUUGCACUGUCAUAGUGACAAAAGUUGAACCACCAUCACACCAUGAGGAACGCCGUAAAUCCAUUGUGUCACUCACAUCCAGCAUGGAGAAUACCAAAUAA